AGCCAGAAGACAGUGACAGACUGACAGUAGUGUUAAAGUUAUUCUAGAACCCCUUAUCUCUACACCCUUCCUUGCUUGAAACCACUUGAUUAGCGAAAAAUGACUUUACCGCAAUUUAAUGCGAAUUCCCUUGGCAGUAGAGCAUUCUAUGCUUACCCAGACCAUUUCUGGUACGACUUGCAGUGCUAAUAAUACUUAAAGGAAUCAUUGUGAACAUUUUCCACGAUACAUCAAGUUAACGAUCGAAAGUUUUCAUAAUGGUUUGGGAUCUGUAAUGUUAUAUGAUUUAGGAAAGAAAUAGUAGGCUACCUAAAACAACAAGAUUAGAAAAAAAAACCAGACAAGCUGGAAAAUCACAAAGGAAAGCCUAGAAUGAGAACUUGUCUUUUACUAAUCGUAAUAUUAAAUUAUUUGUAUUACUAAUUUAGAUGGGAACCCCACCUGAGUGCAUUUAACCAUUUGUGAGAUGCCUUGUGUAGCUUACUGACUGACUGUUUCAUUAGUCAGGAGUGUAUAGGACCAUUAUUUAUCAAAAGCUCAAUGAAAUACAAUUACUUACAAUGAAUACAGCUGGGUCCAGUUUUGAACUAUAAAAAAUGUUCAGUCAUCCCCGAAAUAACAUGAACUAAAAAUGUACUACAGACAAAGGGAGACAAAUUUGUGAUACAGCAAUGGGAGAAACAACAAGAGGGGAGGGGGGAGACAUCCCCACCAUCUUCAACCCCCAUAGAGUGCGAGCCCCACCUAACUUGGUGGUUACAAACGAGGCUCCUAGAGGAAGUGUCCCGAAUGGUCCUUACGGUCGAACUUCUCACACAACUCUUCACUCUGACACAGAAAGCCAAUCAGAACAGCCUCAACCUGUGAAUAACCGAGGGUUAUGCUCACAGCUUCGGUCUUGCAAAAACUCUUGUUGCAGCAAAUCUGCAAAAAAGAUAUACUAUGGAGUGUGUGUCACAGUCUGUGUAACAGCAUCUUGGGUUGGAGCCACUCAUGCUAUCAAGUACCUUUACUUCCAGCGUUCUUACCCCAUCUCUGCCAACUCCUCCAGCAUACAUCAGCAGCCUAUGAUGAUUUAUGACGCCCCUUUUUUCACCACAUGGUUUUGCACCAACUGGACAGUUCUGUUCUUUCCCCUCUACAUGCUGUGCCAUUUGGCCACCAAUCGAUGCAAGGGAGGUGAUGUCUUGGCUGAGAGUGUACGCAACUUCCGUGAGAAAGGAUUUACCGCUGGUCGGUUUCUGACAAGAUGCAGUUUCUUCUGCUUGCUAUGGGUGGCCACCAACUACAUGUAUAUACGCUCUCUGCGCAUAUUACUGGCUACCGACGUCAUGGCUUUGUUUGCUACCAAUGUUUCCUGUGUCUACCUCCUUUCUUGGGUCAUUCUUCAUGAACAGUUUGUAGGAGUAAGGAUAGUUGCUGUGAUCUUGUGUGACACAGGGGUUGCAUUACUGGCCUACAUGGAUGGCAUCACUGGCAGUCCGACACUCAGUGGGGUUGUGUUAGCAGCAUCUGCAGCUGCCUGCUCCGCAGUUUACAAGGUACUGUUCAAGAAAGUCAUCGGCGACGCCAGCUAUGGACAGGUGUCAUUGUUUUUCUCUAUCAUCGGUCUGCUGAACGCUUCCCUUCUGUGGCCUUUGUGUCUUACCCUAUACUUCACAGGGAUGGAGACCCUCUAUUGGGACAGACUUCCCUGGCCUGCUCUACUGGCCGCUAGCAUUCUAUCUCUGGUGGCAAAUCUUCUGGGCAACUUUAGUGUGGCUGUGACUUAUGACCUGUUCAUCACCUUGGGGCUUAUCACUGCUGUGCCUGUAUCUGCUGCACUGGAUGUAGUCCUUUAUGGCGCUCACUUCUAUGGAAUGAAGCUGGCUGGGAUGGUUCUCAUAUCCAUUGGCUUCUUUCUAGUUAUGUUCCCCGAAAACUGGCCAGACUAUAUAACUCGACUUCUCAGAAAUAUCAUUCUAUUGAGCCAUAGUGCGAGGAUUCAAUGGAGACAACACUACGUUUACGAUGAUGAGUAGAUUGUACCAUUGUACCUCGUAGCUCAUGUGGAGUCGACGACAUAGACAUGGAGCCCAAGCUAACCAGCAACGACCGGUCAUAGAUUACCGGACCGGUUACAUCCGGUCACACUUGCGCUCUCCAUCCGGCCGUGUCAGAUGACCGGAUCCAGGACCGGAUUAUCCAUUACAACUGUAGCUACCAAAACUUAGUGUUUUCCUCAUUUGGAUUAAGCUUGGUUAUUGAAAGUUUUCCUAUCUUUGAGCAAUUUUUAAAAUGUUGUGAGUUUUACAGUGUAUCUAUGAAAAUAUUUUCACAUCUGGAUUAACUCAACUCAUAUUUUGUUUGUUAUACCCCAAAGGUUAAGGAAGAUAUUUUUUAUCUCGAAUACUCUAUUCAGCUAACUUAACAAACAAUAACCAGUACAAGGGGCAUUUAUACCCUCUAAGGAGGUUUUAAUUUUAAGAUAAUUCCACAUUUAUUUAUAAUUUUAUGAUUAAAAAAAUAACUCGUUUCUCCUUCUUGCAAUUUUUGGGGAUUUUGUAGUAACUCGAAGUUCUAGAGUUCCUGAAUGCUUCACAUGGGAGUAGGUAACAAAGUGAAUCCUUGAAAUCCAGACACACCACUCUAAUCACAACACACAGUAACAAAAUCAAUGUUUUGUUUUUAUCUAUCUUUGCAAUUAAAUUAUGGUAAAAAAAAGUUUAUCAAACUUUAUUUUACAUUUUUAUUCUUUCUUAUUAUUAUUUUUUUUUUUCCUACAAUACAAUUUUUACUCUCAUGGUAUUUUCUGUGUUUUCAAUUAUGUUAAUACUUUGAUGUAUUUGCAUGUCUUAUUUCCAAUUUUAGGAGGAAUUAAAGAAAGCACUUUAUAAUACUAAUAUACAUAACAUGAGAGAAACUUGCUCUAAAGAUUCUGGCCAUUCAACAACCUGAUAGUGCUUUAUUUGGUAUAUUUAUUGUGUUUAAAAAUAUAAAUCAUAACAACAUUUAUUUAAAGCUCAGGAUUGUAAACUAUUGCAUUGUGUGAGCAAAAACAUUCUUUGAUUGCACACAGUUUCUCUUGUUUGCAUUAAUAAAAAGUAGUAAUGUUUGAUAUGGUUAUCUUCACAGAAAUCUGAUUUAAAAACCCAGAAGAUUUUUUUCAUAGAUCAGGAAUCAUAACAAACAUAUUGUUAUGAUAUGAUGGAAUUUGGUUUUGCGAAUACGGUACCUAAUUUUUUGUAUUUAUGAAUUACCGUAUAAUAAAUUACCUAAUAUAUGUUUAUUAGGUAAUAUAAAUUACCUAAUAAACAUAAAUGUGUAUUAAUUUUCUCUUGACUAAAACUUAUAUCAAAGAACGCACUGUCAGCUUAAGGUUUGAGGUUUAUUCAUUUAUUUAAUAUUCAUUGUGAAGUUAUUGAGUAAAAUGACAUAAAAUCCUAUGUAUGUAAAGUCUCUUCUAAUUUCAAGUAGGCUGGUUAAGUGCACAUACCACAAUAAUUCAGGUAUUUGGGCAAUUUCAGGUAUAGGUAUCGUAUGAACAUAAUUUAUUAUAUUUUACUUCAUUCAAUAUUUAUUUUUGAAUCUCACUUCAAUAAAAAAAAUCUCAUCUAUAUAAGCAUUUAAUCAAUUCUGGGUCAAAUCAAUAUUUUUAUUUUUAAUCGGACAUUUAUUAAAGUUUAACCAACCCUCCAGUACACGCGCGGCUAAUAGUAACACCAGUAGUAAGUGACGUGUUACUGGAAAUGCUCUUUUAUAAACCUAAUAAAAUUCAUAUAGCAUCAACAUUUCAAAUAGUCCAAAAUAGGUAAAUAUUUGUGGAUAAAUUUCAAAAUAAUUACAAAUAUUUCAAAUUGAAAAUGUCCUGUUGAAAACCAAUCAGUCAAUCACUGGCCUGUUCUUAAUCCUCUUGAAACAUAAAAUGCCUAACUUUACACCCUCGUAGCUAAAGGCCAACUAACGCUCCUUGGAAAGGUAGUGGGGGAAGGUAGGUGGCGUGUCAUGUCAUUCGCUUGCGGAUUCACUUAUUUUGACGUGCUUUUUCUAAUGUGCAGACUCUAAGUCCACAGCUCGUGUACUGUAGUGUUACACAUUCUAAAGUGAAAAUAGAAUCUUCUAACUAAAAACUACCAGGUUAAAAAUGUACUCAUCAAAACAAUAUAUAAAACCGUCGAUAAAUUUAACAAAAUUAAUGUAUAUUUUAGUUUAACGAGCCUUUGGACGCUAAACAUUUAGUAUUUUACAUCCAACUCAAAUAACUAUUCAAAAGAUGUUGUUUAUAAUCCAAGAUGCAUUUAAUUGAACUUGAUAAAAAUAUACAACUGGCUCUUAGGCUAAAUACAUCCGAAAGGUGGAACCACAUUUUUGGAACCUUAAAUUUUACAUGUUAUAAAAUAUAAUAUUGUUAAUACAGUUUUAAUUUAAUAAUAAUUUUUUUUAUAAAUAAACUAUAUAAUCGACAGU